ACCACUGGCUGGGUAGGAGCGGAGACGCAGGCUGGUCGAGCGCCAGCGGUCUCCUCCUAGAAGAGGCACUGAAUGGCUUCUCCAGCCUGAGAACUCCGGCCCUGCUGCGGAGUCGAGUGGUGGCGGUGGAGGCUUCUGACUUUGACUCCUCUGUACCUUAAAGAAUGCUGGAGUCUUAUGUGACUCCAAUUUUAAUGAGCUAUGUGAAUCGCUACAUCAAAAACUUAAAGCCGUCAGAUCUACAGCUUUCACUAUGGGGCGGAGACGUGGUUCUCAGCAAGCUGGAGUUAAAAUUGGAUGUGCUGGAGCAGGAAUUGAAAUUACCAUUCACUUUUUUAAGUGGACAUAUUCACGAACUGAGGAUCCAUGUACCGUGGACAAAACUGGGUUCAGAACCAGUGGUAAUUACCAUCAAUACAAUGGAAUGUAUUUUGAAACUUAAAGAUGGGAUACAGGAUGACCAUGAAAGCUGUGGUUCUAAUUCUACCAACCGUAGUACUACUGAGAACACAAAGUCAUCAGUAAAACCCAGAAGAAUUCAGCAGGCUGCUCCCACAGAUCCUGAUUUGCCACCAGGUUAUGUGCAGAGUCUGAUUAGACGAGUUGUAAAUAACGUAAAUAUUGUUAUAAAUAAUCUCAUACUAAAAUAUGUUGAAGAUGAUAUUGUUCUUUCAGUCAACAUCACUUCUGCAGAAUGCUAUACAGUAGGUGAAUUGUGGGAUCGUGCAUUCAUGGAUAUUUCUGCAACUGAUCUGGUGCUGAGAAAGGUUAUCAAUUUUUCCGACUGUACAGUUUGUCUUGAUAAACGAAAUGCUAGUGGUAAAAUAGAAUUUUACCAGGAUCCUUUAUUGUACAAAUGUUCCUUCAGAACACGUCUGCAUUUUACAUAUGAUAACCUAAAUUCCAAGAUGCCAUCUGUUAUUAAAAUUCAUACCUUAGUAGAGAGUUUGAAACUUUCUAUCACUGAUCAGCAAUUGCCUAUGUUUAUCCGUAUAAUGCAACUUGGGAUUGCUCUUUACUAUGGAGAAAUAGGAAAUUUUAAAGAUGGAGAAACAGAAGAAUCUGCCUGUCACAAUAAAGAUAUGUUAGGAAACAUUACAGGUGCUGAAGAUGAAACACGAGUAGAUAUGCAGUAUCCUGCUCAGUACAAAGGCCAAGAGCUGUAUUCACAGCAAGAGGAUGAGCAGCCACAGGGAUGGGUAUCAUGGGCCUGGUCAUUUGUGCCUGCAAUUGUGAGUUAUGAUGAUGGUGAGGAAGACUACCUUGGGAAUGAUCCUACAUCAACCACACAUCAACAAAAAGCACAGACUUUGAAGGAUCCUAUUGUUUCUAUAGGAUUUUACUGUACAAAGGCAACUGUGACUUUCAAACUCACUGAAAUGCAAGCUGAGAGUAGUUACUACAGCCCUCAAAAAGUAAAAUCUAAAGAAGUAUUGUGUUGGGAACAAGAAGGAACUACAGUUGAGGCCCUUAUGAUGGGAGAGCCUUUCUUUGAUUGCCAGAUUGGUUUUGUAGGUUGCAGAGCCAUGUGCCUUAAAGGAAUUAUGGGUGUUAAAGAUUUUGAAGAGAGUAUGAAUAGAAGUGAAACCGAAGCCUGUUUCUUCAUUUGUGGUGAAAAUUUGAAUAUGAAAGGUUUGACAUACCUCACAAAUUCAUUGUUCGAUUACCGAAGCCCAGAAAAUAAUGGUACUCGUGCAGAAUUUAUCUUGGAUGCAGCUAAUCAUAAGGAGACAUACACUGAGAUAGCUGGAAUGCAAAGGUUUGGGGCUUUUUACAUGGAUUACCUGUAUACAAUGGAGAACACCAGUGGCAAAGAUAUUAAGGGUGAAAGUGAAACAAUGCUGAAUCCUGAAGAAGUGGCAUCUUUGGAGGAAUAUAUUCCUACUCGACAUACAAGUAUUACUCUCCUCAAAUGUACUUUCACAAUUUUCAUGGCUGAAUUCAACUUGCUGGAUCAUUUGCUACCUGUCAUUAUGGGAGAAAAGAACUCAAGUAAUUUCAUGAAUACUACAAACUUCCAGUCUCUUCGGCCUUUGCCAUCCAUUCAGAUACUGGUGGAUAAAAUUAAUCUGGAACAUUCUGUGCCGAUGUAUGCUGAACAUUUGGUGCAUGUGGUCAGCAGCCUUACUCAGCCUUCUGAUAAUCUGCUUCAUUAUUGCUACGCACAUUGCUACCUUAAGAUAUUUGGUUUCCAGGCAGGACUGACCUCUUUGGAUUGUAGGGGAUCUUACUGCAUACCUGUACCGAUUAUUCCCUCUUUCAGCACUGCUCUUUAUGGUAAACUUCUGAAACUGUCCACGUGCUGGACCAAAAGAUCUCAGAUUGCUAUAACUGAAGGUAUAUUUGAACUUCCAAAUCUCACAGUUCAAGCUACAAGAGCACAGACACUUCUGCUGCAAGCAAUUUAUCAAAGUUGGUCUCAUAUUGGAAAUGUCAGCUCUUCAGCAGUGAAUGAAGCUUUGAUGAAUGAAGUUUUCCAAACUAUAGGUGUGAAAUCUAAGAAUCCCCUGCCAACUCUUGAGGGCUCAAUCCAGAAUGUUGAAUUGAAGUACUGCAGCACAUCAUUGGUCAAAUGUGCCUCUGGGACCAUGGGAUCAAUAAAAGUUUGUGCCAAAGCCCCAGGUGAGAGUGGAAAAGAGAAGUUAAUUCCAUUGCUUCAGGGUCCUUCUGACACUAAAGACCUUCAUAGCAGCAGGUGGCUCAAUGAGAGUAGAAAGCCAGAAUCUCUCUUAGCUCCAGAUUUAAUAGCCUUCACAGCCCUAGUUCCACAGUAUAUGGACUACUGCCACAGUUCCGGUGCUGUACUUCUUUGUAAUGUACAAGGACUAGCAGUUAAUAUUGACCCUAUCUUAUACACCUGGCUUAUUUAUCAACCUCAGAAGCGAACCAGUAAACAUAUGCAGCAGCAGCCUGUGAUAGCUGUUCCUCUUGUUAUGCCAAUUAGCAGAAGGAAGGAGGAUGAGGUGUCUGUUGGAAGUGCACCCUUGGCAAAGCAACAAUCAUAUCAGGCCUCUGAAUAUGCCAGCAGCCCUAUAAAAACAAAAACAAUAACAGAAUCCAGACCAUUGUCAGUUCCUGUGAAAGCCAUGCUGAAUAUAGCUGAAGGCUGUAGAAGUCCUGAAGAAAGAAUGAAGGAGUUUAUUGGAGUAGUAUGGAAUGCAGUAAAGGGUCUCACACUGCAGCUUGAAGUACAAUCUUGUUGUGUGUUCAUCCCAAGUGAUAGCUUGCCUUCCCCAAGUACAAUUGUAUCUGGUGACAUUCCUGGAACAGUAAGAAGUUGGUACCAUGGACAAACCAGCAUGCCAGGAACACUUGUCCUCUGUUUGCCUCAAAUAAAGAUUGUUAGUGCUGGCCACAAGUAUAUGGAACCUCUGCAGGAGAUUCCUUUUGUCAUCCCACGACCCAUCCUUGAAGAAGGUGAUGCCUUUCCUUGGACCAUCAGCUUGCAUCAUUUCAGCAUAUACACCCUUUUUGGAAAACAAGUGACACUUUGCCUAGUGGAACCUAUGGGUUGUACCUCUACUCUAGCUGUUACAUCUCAAAAACUACUCGCUACAGGACCUGAUAUGAGGCAUUCAUUUGUUGUCUGUCUGCAUGUUGACCUAGAGUCACUUGAGAUAAAAUGCUCGAACCCCCAGGUGCAGCUCUUAUAUGAGCUAACAGAUAUCAUGAAUGAAGUCUGGAAUAAGAUUCAGAAGAGAGGCAAUCUCAGUUCUUUUUCAGCUUAUCCGGAGUCCAUAGUGGGGCCUGUCCCUAGUUCUCCAGUUAGAAGCAGUAUAGGCACAGCUCCUCCAGAUACCAGCACAUGUAGCCCAUCUGCUGACAUUGGAACUACUACUGAGGGAGAUUCUGUACAAGCAGUUGAUGAUUCACCAUUCUCCGAUUCUGUUACCUUGGAACAAACUACAAGUAAUAUUGGUGGAUCCAGUGGUCGUGUUAGUCUGUGGAUGCAGUGGGUGCUCCCCAAAAUUACUAUAAAGCUCUUUGCUCCAGAUCCUGAAAAUAAAGGCACAGAAUUUUGUAUGGUCAGUGAACUAGAAGAUCUCAGUGCUUCCAUAGAUGUCCAGGAUGUGUACACCAAAGUGAAAUGUAAAAUAGAAAGUUUCAAUAUUGAUCACUAUAGAAGCAGCCUUGGGGAAGAGUGUUGGUCUCUGGGGCAAUGUGGAGGUGUCUUCCUUUCCUGUACUGACAAGCUGAACAGACGCACCUUGUUGGUUCGACCCAUCAGCAAGCAGGACCCUUUCAGUAAUUGCUCUGGCUUCUUUCCUUCUACAACUGCAAAACUUCUAGAUGGCUCUCAUCAGCAGCAUGGAUUUCUCUCUUUGACAUAUACAAAAGCUGUAACAAAAAAUGUUCGCCACAAGUUAACAUCAAGAAAUGAGCGAAGAAGUUUUCAUAAGUUACCUGAAGGUUUAACAGAUGGUUCCCCUCAUUUUCUUCAUGAAAUACUUCUUUCAGCACAAGCCUUUGAUAUUGUCCUUUGUUUUCCUUUACUUAAUGCCAUUGCAAGUAUAUUUCAAGCAAAACUACCAAGGACCCAAAAAGAGAAAAGAAAAUCUCCUGGUCAGCCCAUGAGGACCCAUACGCUGACUUCACGCAAUUUACCUUUGAUUUAUAUCAACACAAGUGUAAUCAGAAUUUUUGUUCCAAAAACAGAAGAAAUGCAGCCAAGUAUUGAAGCUAAUCAGGCAGCAAAAGAAGACACCAUGGUUCUGAAGAUUGGCUCUGUUGCUAUGGCUCCCCAGGCUGACAAUCCCCUUGGCAGAUCUGUCCUCAGGAAAGAUAUUUACCAGAGAGCCUUGAAUUUAGGAAUUCUUCGAGACCCUGGAUCAGAAAUUGAAGACAGACAAUACCAAAUAGAUCUGCAGUCCAUCAAUAUUGGUACUGCGCAGUGGGAUCAACUAAAACCAGAGAAGGAAAGUGGCACAGGAGGGGUGCUAACAGAGAAUGAAAGAAAUUCUCAGAAUCCAGCCCUUGAGUGGAAUAUGGCCAGCAGCAUACGGAGGCAUCAAGAAAGAAGAGCAAUUUUGACUCCCAUUUUAACAGAUUUCUCUGUCCGAAUAACUGGAGCACCUGCCAUCAUUUUCACCAAAGUAAUUUCUCCAGAAAAUAUGCACACUGAGGAGAUUUUAGUGUGUGGCCACUCCUUGGAAGUGAAUAUAACCACAAACCUGGACUUCUUCCUAAGUGUGGCUCAAGUUCAACUCUUACAUCAGUUAAUAGUAGCAAAUAUGACUGGAGUGGAACCAUCAAGCAAAGCCACAGAGAUCUCUAAGCAAGAACAGAAAAAAAUGGAUACAUAUGAUGGAACCAUGGCUGAUACCUCAUCUCGGUACAGUGGUGCUCAGGAUAGUGGAAUUGGCAGUGACAGUGUUAAAAUCAGAAUCGUACAAAUAGAGCAGCACAGUGGUACCAGUCAGCAUCGCAUUGCCCGUCCCUCACGCCAGUCAUCAAUUGUAAAAAAUCUAAAUUUUAUUCCUUUUGACAUAUUCAUUACUGCAAGUAGAAUCUCACUAAUGACCUAUUCCUGUAUGGCCUUGCCCAAAUCAAAAUCGCAAGAACCAAAGGAUAAUGAAAAAACAGGCAAGAGUUCAUUAAAUCUCCCAGAAGUUGAUUCAGACGUCACUAAGCCCAGCCAGGCAUGUAUUUCCAUGGUCACAGCAGAAGAUCUCUUAAGCAGCAACAUAUCUUUUCCUUCAGGGAAAAAAAUAGGGGUCAUCUCUCUGGAAAGUCUGCAUGCAUCCACAAGGUCAUCUGCUAGACAAGCGCUUGGCAUAACUAUCGUUCGGCAACCUGGACGAAGAGGAACUGGUGACCUGCAGCUAGAACCUUUUUUGUACUUUAUUGUGUCCCAGCCUUCUUUGCUUCUGAGUUGUCACCACAGAAAGCAGCGAGUGGAAAUAUCCAUUUUCGAUGCUGUGCUUAAAGGGGUGGCCUCUGAUUACAAAUGUACAGAUCCUGGGAAGACUUUGCCUGAAGCCCUUGAUUACUGCACAGUUUGGUUGCAGACAGUACCUGGAGAAAUAGACAGCAAAAGUGGUAUUCCACCUUCACUUGUAAUGCUACAAAUUAAAGAUUUUCUUAAUGGACCAGCAGACAUCAACUUGGAUAUAUCAAAGCCUUUGAAAGCAAACCUGAGUUUUACCAAGCUGGAUCAGAUAAACCAUUUUUUAAAGAAGAUAAAAAGUGCACACAGCAAAGAGACCUCAGCCCUGUCAGACACCAUGCUGAAUAAGGAUGAGCUUCCAGCCUCCAAAUGUUACUGUGGAAAGUUGUCUAAGCUUAAAGUUCAUGGUGAUGGAGCACAAAAGAUUCCAUUUCAAGAAAACGUGUGGAGAACGGUUUCCUGCUUUCAAAAAAUUUCUGUUCAUACUACUCAGAUUGUGGUCUCCAUGGAAACUGUCCCCCAUCCUAAUAAACCGUGCCUGUUAGCAUCUUUAUCAACCCUCAGUGGAAGCCUUAAUAUCAAAGCAGCGCAAAAAGUGCCUGGUGUAAUUCUUGGAUCAUCAUUUCUACUCAGUGUAAAUGAUGUUCUCCUUAAAACAAGUCUCAAAGAAAGAAGUCGGAUUCUGAUAGGACCAUGUUGUGCUACUGCCAAUCUGGAAGCUAAAUGGUGUAAACACAGUGGCAAUCCAGGCCCAGAACAGUCCAUACCAAAAAUAUCCAUUGAUUUAAGAGGAGGUCUGCUGCAGGUUUUCUGGGGUCAAGAACAUUUGAAUUGCCUAGUUCUUCUACAUGAAUUACUCAAUGGAUACCUUAAAGAGGAGGGAAAUUUUGAAGUGCAAGUUUCUGAAACAGUGCCGCAAAUUCCAUCUCCUGUGGAAAAAAAUCAGAUUUUUAAAAGUGAACAAAGUUCAGAUGACCUACGGACGGGUCUGUUUCAGUAUAUACAGGAUGCUGAAGCUUUGAAAAUGCCUGGUGUCUAUGAAGUCUUGUUUUACAAUGAAACCGAAGAUAGCCCAGGGAUGAUGUUAUGGAGAUAUCCAGAACCUAGAGUGCUCACCCUUGUACACAUAACUCCUGUGCCCUUCAACACCACAGAGGAUCCAGAUAUUAGCACAGCAGACCUUGGUGAUAUGCUACAGAUUCCUUGUAGUUUGGAAUACUGGGAUGAACUCCAGAAGGUUUUUGUUGCAUUUCGAGAAUUUAGUCUGUCUGAAAGCAAAGUUUGUGAACUGCAGUUGCCAGAUAUCAAUCUUGUGAAUGACCAGAAGAAACUGGUAUCCUCGGAUCUUUGGAGAAUUGUUUUGAACAGCAGCCAAAAUGGAGCUGAUGACCAAAGCUCUGCAAGUGAAUCUGGUUCUCAAAGCACUUGUGACCAACUUGUAACUCCAACAGCCCUGGCUGCCUGUACCAGAGUUGACUCCUGUUUUACGCCAUGGUUUGUCCCAUCUCUUGGCGUUUCCUUCCAGUUUGCUCACCUGGAGUUCCAUUUUUGUCAUCACCUUGAUCAACUAGGCACAGCUCCACCGCAAUACCUACAGCCAUUUAUUUCUGAUAAAAAUGUGCCAUCUGAACUAGAAUACAUGAUUAUUUCCUUCAAAGAACCACACAUGUAUCUUCGACAAUGGAACAAUAGUUCUGUCUGUCAGGAGAUGCAGUUCUCAGCUCAAGCAGACUGUAAACUUCUAGAGUGCAGAAAUGUUACAAUGCAAAGCAUGGUGAAACCCUUCAGCAUCUUUGGACAGAUUGCAGUUUCCAGCAAUGCAGUAGAAAAGCUGAUUGAUUGCUCUAUCAACGUUGACUCAAUAUUUGUAAACUUUGGGCAACAUGUAGUUCAUUCUCUAAACACUGCAAUACAAGCUUGGCAGCAGAAUAAAUGCCCUGAGGUAGAGGAGUUGGUCUUCAGCCAUUUUGUGAUCUGUAAUGACACACAGGAGACACUGCGGUUUGGCCAGGUGGAUACUGAUGAAAAUAUUCUGCUGGCCAGUCUCCAUAGUCACCAGUACAGCUGGCGCUCUCACAAAUCCCCACAGCUGUUACACAUCUGUAUUGAAGGCUGGGGCAAUUGGCGUUGGUCAGAGCCCUUCAGUGUGGACCAUGCUGGGACUUUUAUUAGAACUAUUCAGUACAAGGGUCGAACUGCUUCACUGAUCAUCAAGGUUCAGCAACUCAGUGGAGUACAAAAACAGAUUAUCAUCUGUGGAAGACAGAUUAUCUGUAGUUACUUGUCUCAAAGCAUAGAACUAAAAGUCGUUCAGCAUUACAUUGGUCAAGAUGGACAAGCUGUGGUCCGAGAACAUUUUGACUGCCUCACAGCCAAACGGAAAUUGCCUUCGUACAUACUAGAAGACAGCGAACUGACCGAGUUGUGUGUGAAGGCCAAAGGAGAUGAAGAUUGGUCGAGAGACGUGUGUCUGGAAUCCAAGACCCCUGAGUAUAGUGUUGUCAUUCAGGUGCCGUCUUCACACAGUUCUCUUAUUUAUGUCUGGUGCACAGUUUUGACUUUAGAACCCAGCUCUCAAGUGCAACAACGAAUGAUUGUGUUCAGCCCUCUUUUUAUCAUGAGGAGUCAUCUUCCAGACCCCAUUAUCAUACAUUUGGAGAAAAGAAGUCUGGGAUUGAGUGAAACACAAAUUAUUCCAGGAAAAGGACAAGAAAAACCGCUGCAAAACAUAGAACCUGACCUUGUACAUCACCUAACAUUUCAAGCAAGAGAAGAAGAUGAUCCUUCACAUUGUGCUGUUCCCAUCUCAACAUCCCUCAUUAAGCAAAUAGCCACUAAGAUACACCCCGGAGGCACAGUUACUCAGACCCUUGACGAAUUCUACGGGCCAGAAAAGUCCCUUCAACCCACAUGGCCCUAUAAUAAAAAGGACUCUGACAGGAAUGAGCAGCUGAGCCAGUGGGACAGCCCAAUGCGAGUGAAGCUGUCAGCCUGGAAGCCAUAUGUGAGGACCUUGUUGAUAGAGCUGCUACCCUGGGCCCUGCUCAUCAAUCAGUCCAAGUGGGACCUCUGGCUGUUUGAGGGAGAGAAGAUUGUUCUACAGGUUCCUGCUGGCAAAAUUAUUAUCCCUCCUAAUUUUCAGGAAGCUUUUCAAAUUGGAAUAUACUGGGCAAAUACAAACACUGUGCACAAGUCAGUAGCAAUUAAACUGGUCCAUAACCUGACAUCUCCAAAGUGGAAAGAUGGAGGUAAUGGUGAAGUUGUGUCAUUGGACGAAGAAGGGUUUGUUGCUGCCGAAAUAAGACUUGGUGCUUUCCCAGGACAUCAGAAGUUAUGCCAGUUCUGCAUUUCCUCCAUGGUACAGCAAGGCAUACAAAUUAUUCAGGUUGAAGACAAGACUACAAUAAUCAAUAAUACACCGUAUCAGAUAUUUUAUAAACCACAGUUAUCUAUCGCCAGACCCCACUCUGGAAAGGAGUAUUUUCAUGUUCCAGACAGUGCUACUUUCAGCAUUUGCCCAGGUGGCGAGCAGCCUGCUGUGAAAUCCAGCUCCCUUCCUUGCUGGGACUUAAUGCCUGAUAUCAGUCAGUCAGCGCUGGAUGCAUCCCUGCUUCAGAAACAGAUCUUGCUGGCCUUCUCUCCUGCCGCAGUUGCCGACAGCUCACAGUGCUGGAGCCUGCCAGCUCUAGUUAGACAAGAGUUUCCCAGACAGAGUGUGUCAGUGCCCUUCGGGAACUAUAGGGAAAAUGGAUUCUGUACCAGGGCUAUAGCACUGACAUAUCAAGAGCACUUUGGAGUGACUUAUUUAACCCUCUCAGAAGACCCUAGUCCUCGAAUAAUUUUCCACAACAGAUGUCCAGUAACAGUACUUAUAAAGGAAAAUACUAAAGAUAUUCCAAAGUGUGAGGUUUAUUGCAGAAGAAUUCCUCCUGAGUGCUCAAUUCAUCAUGAGCUGUAUCAUCAGCUUUCCAGUUAUCCAGACUGCAGGACCAGAGACUUACUCCCCAGCCUCCUUUUGAGAGUAGAAUUGCUGGAGGAAACGACGAGUGAGUGGAGCGACGCCAUCGACAUCAACAGUCAGGGAACACAGGUUGUGUUCCUGACUGGCUUUGGCUGUGUGUAUGUGGACACUGUCCAUCAGUGUGGCACAGUCUUCAUCACUGUGGCCCCAGAAGGAAAAGCUGGACCUAUUUUAACUAAUACCAACAGAACUCUGGAGAAGAUUGUGACAUUUAAAAUGUCCAUCACUCAGUUGAGCCUGGCGGUGCUUGAUGACCUCACCCGCCACAGAGUAUCAUCUGAGCUCCUGAGACUCACACUGGACAACGUUUUUCUCCAAAUAGCCCCGGUGGCUGGUCACGUCCCUGGGGAAGAGACGGCCACCGCCCUCUUUCACCUUUACUGUGUGGAGGUCUGCUGUAGGGACCUGCAGUUGGACAACCAGCUAUAUAACAAGUCCAAUUUCCACUUCGCUGUCUUGGUCUGCCAGGGGGAGAAAACAGAAUCUAUUCAGUGUUCCAAGAUGCAGAGUCUCGUUACGUCCAGCAAAGAUUUGGAAGAAUACAAGAAAAACUGUUUUAUCAAACUUUGCCUCACCUUCACUGAGGGCAAGAGCUUCUUAUCUGAUAUUAACGAGUUCAGUUUUGAAUUGAAACCUGCCCGCUUAUAUGUGGAAGAUACAUUUGUGUACUACAUCAAAACUUUGUUUGAGACCUACCUUCCUAGCAGCAGCCCAGCCGGUCACCCCACGGUCUUUGCAGAUGGGAAACAGGUGUUGCCCGUGCAGGUCAGGCAGCACGCCAGGGCCCUGGUGCAUCCUGUGAAGUUACGGAAGCUGGUGAUACAGCCGGUGAAUCUCCUCGUCAGCAUCCACGCUUCCCUCAAGCUGUACAUAGCCUCCGACCACACCCCGCUCUCCUUCUCAGUGUUUGAAAGAGGCCCCAUCUUCACCACGGCCAGGCAGCUCGUCCACGCCCUGGCCAUGCACUACGCCGCGGGGGCUCUCUUCAGAGCAGGCUGGGUGGUUGGAUCCCUGGAAAUCCUUGGCAGCCCAGCAAGUUUGGUGCGAAGCAUCGGGAAUGGCAUUGCCGACUUCUUCAGGCUUCCGUACGAGGGGCUGACCCGAGGCCCGGGAGCCUUUGUGAGCGGAGUUUCCAGAGGGACGACAUCAUUUGUGAAGCACAUUUCCAAAGGUACCCUCACCUCCAUCACCAACCUGGCCACGAGCCUGGCCCGGAACAUGGACCGGCUCUCACUGGAUGAGGAGCACUACAACCGGCAGGAGGAGUGGCGGCGGCAGCUCCCGGAGAGCCUCGGCGAGGGGCUCCGGCAGGGCCUGUCCCGGCUGGGCAUCAGCCUGCUCGGUGCAAUUGCUGGUAUAGUUGAUCAGCCAAUGCAGAACUUCCAGAAAACAUCGGAGGCUCAUGGUUCAGCAGGACACAAGGCCAAGGGCGUUAUCUCCGGCGUGGGGAAAGGAAUCAUGGGGGUGUUCACGAAGCCUAUUGGAGGGGCUGCUGAGCUCGUGUCACAGACUGGCUAUGGUAUUUUACACGGAGCUGGACUUUCUCAGCUUCCCAAACAGCGCUAUCAGCCAAGUGAUCUGCAUGCUGACCAAGCUCCAAACAGCCACGUCAAAUACGUCUGGAAAAUGCUUCAGUCUCUGGGCAGACCAGAAGUCCACAUGGCCCUGGAUGUGGUUCUGGUGAGGGGCUCGGGCCAGGAGCACGAAGGGUGCUUGCUGCUGACGUCAGAAGUGCUCUUCGUGGUGAGCGUCAGCGAGGACACCCAGCAGCAGGCCUUCCCUGUCACGGAGAUCGACUGUGCGCAGGACAGCAAGCAAAGCAACCUGCUCAUCGUGCAGCUUAAGCAGCCAAGAGUGGCCUGUGACGUAGAGGUGGAUGGAGUUCGAGAGAGACUAUCAGAGCAACAGUAUAACAGACUUGUGGACUAUAUCACAAAGACAUCUUGUCACCUGGCCCCCAGCUGCUCUUCCAUGCAGACACUAUGCCCUGUGGUGACUGUGGAACCUCUCCCUUCCACUGUGAAAACAUACCAUUAUAUGGUUGAGCCACACUUUGGCCAAGUCUUCAUCAGUAAAUUUACCAUGGUGAAAAAUAAAGCCCUGAGGAAAGGGUUCCCUUGAGUCCCCUCUGAGGUGUUGAUUCCUGCUUGUGCAAUUUAUUGCUGAAAAAGAAACCUAAUGAGCGCUAACAACAUCUAAUGUGGACAAAACCCACUGUUCUAUAUAGUUGUUAUAGUAAUUUCCUAGCCUCUUCCAAAACUAAUUCAGGUUCUUCCUUUUUCCCAAAACUAAGAUACUUCAAAAUUGAGUCACUGAUUGAUUAAAAAACCUAUUCUUUUCCCAUUUGGGGACAAUGAACAGAAUCCUAUUAUUAAUCUUAUCACGUGCAGAAAAUCCUUUUUGCUGUUUGCUAACAUUUCAACUAUAAUUAGGCUCUGUUAACUCUAACACAAAACAUGGUCAGGCCUCGGAAACAACAGAUUAAAACUUCAUCCCCAGUUGCAUCUGUUUUUAGGCUGAGACAACUGCCUAAUACCCUCAUCUGCAGAGGUUCAGAUUCUUUGUAUGAAAUUAAAUGCUUAGGAGCUUACUGUUUAACUUGUUAAUAAAUUUGUUACUUAAAUGUGAUGCUGUUUCUUUAAGUGAAUACAUUCCUAAACCUUUAUGGAAAUUUACAAAACAUUCUGAUGACUGUCCAGGUACAUUUUUGGAAAAAACGUUUUUCUAGUUUGUUUUACUAGGCAAGCUUAGAGAAUCUUUUGUCUACUGAUAAAAACAGACCCCAGGUGCUCAGGUGAGUUU